AUGUCUUGUUGCUUCAGCCUGAUUUUCAGGGAUCCUCCUUGCCACACAAUACAGCCGCUGGACAGGCUGUCAUGGGAGACGGGACAGGGGAGUCGGCCUCCACCGGCCCAGUUGCAUGCACCUAAAUAUGGAUUCAACCAAAGCUGCCAUCUAGAAUUCUGCUGGGGUAGGAGAUGCAAACAAGCCUAUUACGACUGGAGUGAAAAUGUACCCUUCAGUCAUCAUGAGACAAAAAUCCUAAGGGUUGAAACAAGAGAGGUAGAAUAUAAAAUAAAAACUACUUGGGACAGCUUACAAGUUAUGCACACACCAGUUACAAUCAAAUUUAAACCUGGUGAUCAAGGCUUAGUAAUGGAAGUGAGCUCCUUGUUCUUUGAUGAUCCUCCAGCUCCAUCUGGCAAACCUGGGGAACCUUUUGAUGGCCUUUGGGACUAUGAAGUGGUUGAAUCCUUCUUUUUGAAUAGUGCAACAAGAAACUACCUGGAAGUGGAACUCUGCCCGCAUGGCCAACAUCUUGUAUUGCUUCUCUCCGGAGGAGACUGUCUUGAAAAAGGACUUGCACUGGCAUUUAAAGCAGAUAUAAAUGGGGGCAUCUGGAAUGGUACAGCAAUUAUUCCUUGGAACUAUUUCCCCCCUGGCAUAGACAAGAUGAAUUCAUAUGCAAUCCAUGGAUCUGGGAUUGGAAGAACAUAUGAAGCACUUUACCCAAUACCGCGAGAGGAGAUUGAAGAGGGGCAAGGUCCUAAUUUCCAUCGUCUAGAAUAUUUUGAAGAUUUCAGUCUAAAGGAAAUAAUGGGAGAUGACUGGAAUCAGCCUCCAUCAGAUCUGUGGCCAUAAUUUCAGGAACUUCUGAAGUCAAAUCAGUCAUCAAGAAAAAAAUAGUUACUUAACACCCAACAAAUUCUGAAAUGUGAGAUAUCAAAUAUUUAAUUAAUUGUAUCUUGCUAUAUUUUUAAUGUCUUGGCUAAUUUAAAAUAAAUAAAUUGAUUACUCCUUUAAGUGUUGCUUUCCCCCGCAGACAGACAGUUCCAAUACAGUUUAGUACCUACCCAACCAUAAAACUCUGUACUUCUUUAUGAACCAGUCUUUAUAUAACAUUGUUUUCAUCUCUUUCUUAUUUCUUGUUGUUACCUUACACAUUUGGUAAACAUUAAUGCUUU